AGGGCUAUGGGGCACCCCCAGAACGCGAGAUCUCCCUGGUCUGUCAUCUUUAUAGAGGAGGAAGUGGACUCCCAAUCAGCCAUAGUCCAUUCGCACCGGGUACGGUGGCUCCGGGGCGGCCAGAACCAAAUGUGUCUCCUUCUGGCUUUUGCACGGCAUCACGUAACCCGCGCCAGUCCGCACAGCUGCCCUGGCCUUCGGGGAGGACUGGGGCGAGCGCAGUGCACGCUGCUAGGGAGUCCCACCGCGGGAGUUGAGGCGGCGGAUUCCGAGAGCGGGGUGGGGCUGAAUCCGGAGGGAGCCGGUGGAAGGCACUGCGCAGACGGCGCCGGCGCCCGCACUCAGCUGUUUACUAGUCUUUCUUCCAGCUCUCCCCUGAAAGUGGUCCAGGCGGCGGUCUCUUUUUCUCUGCCUUUUUGUUUCCCCCCGGCGAGUCGGCACGAGGGUGAAUUUCCGUUUCCGGCGGUGUCCAAGUGGACCUAAGGAGUCGUAGUUGUGAGCAGGUUCGGUGCCGCGGGCUGCGGUAGGCGGCGGUGGGGUCCCUGGCUCUGGGGCACUGGGAAGAUCGCGAGUCUUGCGCGUGAAAAGGUCCUUCCCCGGUCCUCCGGAUCAUCUUUGCUCCCGAGGAGCAGCAUAUUUAGCAUCUGCCGGAGGUGUGCCCAGGGGUCGUUGGGACAGUGACGGGAUGAAUCCCUGCAGAGAGCCCGGACUGGGAGGGAAGGUGUCGGGGAGACGUCGUUUCCUGGCGACGUGGCCCCCGGCAGGCGACUUAGACCUGAGCCGAAUCUGUUGAGCCCAAAUUGUGCUUUUCCCACCAAGAAGAGAAGGGGGAGAAACAGUACAAGUUCGGCACUAAAUCAUAGUAGAGAAGCAACAUAACCUCUGAAAUCACACAGCUAUUCAGUUUCAAAGCGUUCCUAGUGCCCAGCUCUCCUAACUCCCGUCUAGUGUUCCUUGACAUUAUGGUGAUAUAUAAAGACUUUCUGUUUCCGCUCGUGUGUGUGUCUGUGGGAAGCCUCUGACUAACCUCUGUGCUCCAGUACCCUGUGCAGCCUUGCAAUGUAGCCCUUGUUGAAUGGCAGGGAAGAUACUAGUUUGGAUUUCCUCUGCCAGUCAGAUCAUAGCUAUAUCCAUUUACUGGCACAGUGGCUAGCGCAUCGUAGACAGACACAAAUAUUUAUUAAACGGAAUGAAUAUAAGACCUUAAUUGAAUGAAAUGGCACCCUGCUCCGCUUUUUUUCAAUCAAACUGUCAGAUUUUAUGCGGCCUGAUAU